AUGUCCACUCCUACCUGGCUCAUCACAGGCGCCUCCUCGGGCUUUGGCGAAGCCAUUGCCAAGGAGGCCCUCUCGCGAGGCCACAACGUGAUCGCGACGGCACGGUCAGCCGACUCCCUCAAGCACCUGGCCGAGCUGGGCGCCAAGACGAUGGCGCUGGACGUGACGGCCUCGGACGCGGAGCUGGCCUCCAAGGUGGCCGAGAUGGGGACCGUGACCCACGUAUGCAACGCCGCCGGCUACCUGCUCGAGGCGGCAGUCGAGGAGGCGACCGCGGCUGAGAGUGAUGCCAUCUUCCGGACCAAUGUGCUCGGGGCAGUCAACAUCACCAAGGCCGUGAUGCCGAGGCUGAGGGAGGUGGCGGGCGGCGCCGUUGCCGGCGUGCAGCCCGUCAUUGCGCACUUCGGCAGUCUGGGGAGCUGGAUCGGCGGCGCGGCGUGCGCCCACUACUGCAGUACCAAGUGGGCCGUCUCGGGCCUCACCGAGGCGAUCCGCGAGGAGGUGGCCGAGUUCGGUGUCGCCGCAUGCGUCAUCGAGCCCGGCUAUUUCCGCACCGAAAUCCUCAACACGACAGGCGGGAAGAACAGGCGCGUGCAGGCCUCGGAGCCAAAGAGCGAUGUCUACGGUGAGAACACCGCGGUCGGCAAGUACAAGACGGCACUGGAGCUUUACAACAACAAGCAGCCGGGCGACGUGGUCAAGGGGGCAAAGGUCACGGUAGACGUCUUGACAGGGACGGGGGUUGCUGAGGGCAAGGAAAUCCCACCGAGGUUGGUCCUGGGAAGUGAUGCUGUCGACGUCAUCAGGAAGAAAUGCCAAGAUACACUCAAGCUGUUGGAGGAGUGGGAGGACACUGCAAAGUCAACCGAUUACAGCGAAUAG